AUGAGCACAGAACCAAGAAUGACUUUCUGUGGGAUGAAUUGUCCAGGAGGAGUGGAACCCGCACCUUAUGCCUCACAAUUUGCCAAACACCUUCAUUCUCACCAACAUUCGGAAACGAACGAAGAUCAUCAGGGCAGGAGUGAUGUGGAAGCGAUUCUCGUACAGGGGAUGCAGAAUCUUACAUUUGACGAGCUACAACGAGAGCAAGAAGAUCUUCAUGGCGUAUCUGCUGAAUCCCAGGAAGACACUAAGGUCAUGGAUAAGCUCCUCAAAUCUCUAACAGAACACUUACAUCGGCUGAAGAAGGGCACAGUUUACGAAUCGGCCGAAGAAAGAAAUCCUCCCUACGUCUGCCAACGGAAAUUUCAGAUACUAUUCUUGCGUGGAAAUCGAUACGAUCCAAAGGCAGCGGCUGAGAAAAUCAUCAGCUUUUAUUCUCUGAAGAAAGAUCUCUUUGGGACUGAGAGAUUGGUUCGUGACAUCACUCUUCAGGACAUGGAUGAAGACGACAUGGAGACAUUGAUGUGUGGAAGCGCCCAAGUUGCAAGUUGUUUGGAUCGAUCUGGUAGGGUCAUAGUUUUGGCCGUUCCUGGGCUAAGGAAGUACAAAUCUAUAAAGAACGAGCUCCGAUACCUAUACUAUCUGAGCAUGAAGGUUCUCGAGUCUCAGGAAUCACAAAAAAAGGGAGUAGUCUUCGUUUCAUACUUUGUGGACAAGUACAAAGAUUCCAAAAAUGGAGAAGGAUUCAACCAAACAAUGAAAUUGAUGCUGUCUAUACCAUUCAACAUAGCAGGCUUCCAUUGGUGUUUGGAUGAUCACACUCAGAUGAUCUUAGGUAAGGCUGCAUUCUCGGUCAUGCCUCCCCGUUUACAAGCCAAGACCAAGCUACAUUUUGGGUCACACGUCGAAUGCCAGUAUUUGCUAGCAAGUUAUGGUAUACCACGAGAAGCGCUGGCUUUUUCUUCCUCGUACAAUGAUUUGGAUCUGUCAUAUCAUAGGUAUUGGCUGAAACAAUGUGCCCAACAGGAAUCAAACGGAAACAAUCCAUCUCAACGCGAACCAGUCUCCAGUGUUCAUUGUACUCCAAAAGAAAACGACGUUUUAUGCAUUGGACGAAGGGCGAGUGGAGCUGGUAACAAACGCCUAAUGAAAAUGGCCGUUUCCUUUUCGGAUUCGUACGACCUUGGAACUGUCAAAAGUCGAAGGGCCAUUCUCAAUUGCAUGAUGGACGAGAUUAGGAAACAUGGCGGUCGUUUUCUGAAACCUGACAUCUCAGCAGAAGGCGAAGGAAGUUGGAUCGAAGUCGAGGAGAAAGAGAUGCGAUUGAAGAUUGGACAAACGUUCCGUAACUUGCGUCGGCGUCGGGCCGGGGUACCAGCUGCCGGGAAUGUCGUUGCAACACCAGCACCACCGUCGUCGGUUCUUUCUGCGGUGAAAGUAAAGCCCGAUGAUGUUUUGUUUGGAAAGAACAAUCCUCAGAGGGGAAAUCAACUUCUUCAAAGUCUUAUAGAACAGAUGGCUGCGGAAUACGAUUCAUCAAAUCGCGGUCAGAAGAAACAACUGGCGAGCCGAUUGGUUUGUAAAAUCAAGGAAAGCGGUGGCCGUUUCCUGAAGCCCAUGAACGAUGGUACCUUAGAAAUUGUGUCUGACAAAGUUGCGGAACAAAAAGUGUCUGUUCAUUUUCGAAAUCUUCGAAGGAAAAAACGAUAA